GGGGGCGGGGAGAGGCAUUAACUGAAUGACAUGUUUUUAAUUCUCUGCUCUUUCUUAAGCUGAAGGACUACGUUUUGAUGGCUGGGUUGUCCCGGGGUUGCCCGUGCGUGUUUGUAAGGGAAGUGCUCUAAACAUUAGACUAUUAACUCCUUUUGGCAUGUGCUGCUUGUUCGUUCUCAUAACUGAAGAAUGAGGCGAUUUUAAGUUCUUCUGCUAUUUAAUCACACAUUUGUAGAUUUGUUGUUGAAUCAUGGUUUUUGUGACUUUUUUUAAAGAUUUUAUUUAUUUGAGAAAGAGAGAAAGCCAAAGACACAGCACGAGCAGGGGGGAGGGGCCAAGGCAGAGGGAGAAGCAGACUCCCCCGGAGCAGGGAGCCCUAAUGCGGGGCUCAGUCCCGGGACCCUGGGAUCAUGACCUGAGCCAAAGACAGACGCUUAACCGACUGAGCCACCCAGGUGCCCCUCUUAUGACUUUUCAAGGGUAUCUUUGUGGAAGAUGAUUUUUGCCUCAUUUUCCAAGAAUGAUGGAUCCUUUCUUCUACCUGGCUGGAAAAGGCUGUUUGGGUACUAAGAAGAAUGGUCACAGGCCAGUGGAUUUGAUGAGUCUUAUCACCCCGAGCCUGCUGGUUCUCAGUGUUUGGGCAGGAGAGACACGCACCCUGGCUCUAAUCAGGCAGAUCUCUUAUCUCAUGCAGGCGUGGCCCUUGAUAGACUAGCAGUUGGGUUUCACAUUCCUGGUAGGUUCUCUGGACUUUUCUGUGAGCCUUGCAUCUGGGAUGAGGUAGGAUUAAGAAGCCAGCAGUAAGAGCGAUCUCGGGGCACCUCCUCUUUGGUUGCUCAAAGCUGCUUCUUGGGAAGUCACUCGGCUUUCCCUACAGGUGCCUCGGAUAGGAGUGGGGACCUGUGGGUCAGGCCGUUGCUUAAACACAGUAUGGUUCCCCACCGACUCACAAAGCCGUUCACAGCGAUUAAGAUCAUCUCUUACCUUGCGCUUCCAAAGCAGUGGCUCAGCCCCUCUCUCCCUUCCGACAGAACCUCCAGACUGAUUACAGACACAGGCUCUUCAUAACAGAAACUCGUAAACAGGGUGAGAAGAAGCGGCCGCCCCUGACCUGUCCGGAGAGCGUGCUUUGCUGGUGUUGCCACUGCCCUUUCUUGGGCACGGUCAUGUUCAGCUCUAGAGGCUCCUGGCACCCGUGAUCCCAAAUGCUCUGCUGACCCAAGGACAAAUAGGGUCUGAGCUGCAUGAAUCAGAAUCACGGCUGUAGUCACAUCUGCAAGGAGGCCCCGAGGGGCAGCGUCGCCUGCGAGUGCCGGCCGGGCUUUGAGCUGGCCAAGAACCAGAGAGACUGCGUCUUGACCUGUAACCAUGGAAACGGUGGGUGCCAGCACUCCUGCGAGGACACUGCUGAAGGCCCAGCGUGUAGCUGCCAUCCCCAGUACAAGAUACACGCAGAUGGGAGAAGCUGCCAUGAGCGAGAGGACACUGCUCCGGAGGUGACAGAGAGCAAUGCCACGUCGGUGGUGGACGGUGAUAAGCGGGUGAAGCGGCGGCUGCUCAUGGAAACAUGUGCUGUCAACAAUGGAGGCUGCGAUCGUACCUGUAAGGAUACUUCGACAGGUGUUCAUUGCAGUUGUCCUGUUGGAUUCACUCUCCAGUUGGAUGGGAAGACCUGUAAAGACAUUGAUGAGUGCCAGACCCGCAAUGGAGGUUGCGAUCAUUUCUGCAAAAACACCGUGGGCAGUUUUGACUGCAGCUGCAAAAAGGGAUUUAAAUUAUUAACAGAUGAGAAGUCUUGCCAAGAUGUGGAUGAAUGCUCUUUGGAUAGGACCUGUGACCACAACUGCAUCAACCACCCCGGCACAUUCACAUGUGCUUGCAACAAAGGGUACACCCUCUAUGGCUUCACCCACUGCGGAGACACCAACGAGUGCAGUCUCAACAAUGGGGGCUGUCGGCAGGUCUGUGUGAACACAGUGGGCAGCUACGAAUGCCGGUGCCACUCUGCAUACAAGCUCCACUGGAAUCAGAAAGACUGUGUGGAAGUGAAGGGGGUCCUGCCCACUAGUGUGUCACCCCAUGUGUCCCUGCAUUGCGGUAAGAGUGGUGGAGGAGACAGGUGCUUCCUCAGAUGUCACUCGGGCAUUCACCUCUCUUCAGGACUGCAAGAGGCCUACUCUGUCACCUGCGGCUCUUCCUCUUCUCUCAAGAGCAAACAGCAAAAAUCCAAUGACUCUACUUUCGGGGAUGUCACCACCGUCAGGACAAGUGUAACCUUUAAACUAAAUGAAGGCAAGUGUAGUUUGAAAAAGGCUGAGCUGUUUUCCGAAGAUCUGCGACCAGCACUACCAGAGAAGCCCAGCUCAGUAAAAGAGAGCUUCCGCUACGUAAACCUUACAUGCAGCUCCAGCAAGCAAGUCCCGGGAGCCCCUGGCCGCCCCAGUGCCACUAAGGAAAUGUUUAUCACUGUUGAGUUUGAACUUGAAACUAACCAAAAGGAGGUGACAGCGUCUUGUGACCUGAGCUGCAUCGUCAAGCGAACAGAGAAGCGGCUCCGGAAAGCCAUCCGCGCACUCCGGAAGGCUGCCAACAGGGAGCAGUUUUACCUCCAGCUCUCAGGCAUGGACCUGGAAGCGACAAAGACGUCUCCCAGAACAUCUGAACACCGAGGGCGGUCCUGUGGAGUGGGCCAGGGCCAUGCAGGAAACCGAUGCGUCAGUUGCAGGGCUGGGACAUAUUAUGAUGGAGCACAAGAACGCUGCAUUUUGUGUCCAAAUGGAACCUUCCAAAAUGAGGAAGGACAAAUCACAUGUGAACCUUGCCCAAGACCAGAAAAUCCUGGAGCCCUGAAGACUCCAGAAGCUUGGAAUGUAUCUGAAUGUGGAGGUCUGUGCCAACCUGGGGAAUAUUCUGCAGAUGGUUUUGCACCCUGCCAGCUCUGUGCCCUGGGCACAUUCCAGCCUGAGGCUGGCCGAACUUCCUGCUUCCCCUGUGGGGGAGGCCUCCCCACCAAACACCUGGGAGCCACUUCCUUCCAGGACUGCGAAACCAGAGUUCAGUGUUCACCCGGACAUUUCUACAACACCACCACUCACCGAUGUAUUCGCUGCCCAGCAGGAACAUAUCAACCUGAAUUUGGAAAAAAUAAUUGUGUUUCUUGCCCAGGAAAUACUACCACUGACUUUGAUGGCUCCACGAACAUAACCCAGUGUAAAGACAGAAGAUGUGGAGGGGAGCUGGGAGAUUUCACUGGAUACAUUGAAUCCCCAAACUACCCAGGCAAUUACCCAGCCAACACCGAGUGUACAUGGACCAUCAACCCACCACCUAAGCGCCGAAUCUUGAUUGUGGUCCCUGAGAUCUUCCUGCCCAUAGAAGACGACUGUGGAGACUACCUCGUGAUGCGGAAAACCUCUUCAUCCAAUUCUGUGACAACAUAUGAAACCUGCCAGACCUACGAACGGCCCAUCGCCUUCACCUCCAGAUCAAAGAAGCUGUGGAUUCAGUUCAAGUCCAAUGAAGGGAACAGUGCCAAAGGUUUCCAGGUCCCUUACGUGACAUACGAUGAGGACUACCAGGAACUCAUUGAAGACAUAGUUCGAGAUGGCAGGCUCUAUGCUUCUGAGAACCAUCAGGAAAUACUGAAGGAUAAGAAACUGAUCAAGGCUCUGUUUGACGUCCUGGCCCACCCCCAGAACUAUUUCAAGUACACAGCCCAGGAAUCCCGGGAGAUGUUUCCAAGAUCCUUCAUCCGAUUGCUCCGUUCCAAAGUGUCCAGGUUCCUGAGGCCUUACAAAUGAGCCCGCCCAUGAGCCCCUCGGUGCCACGUUCUGCUUGUGGGCUCUGGGACGCAGCCGUUUGCCUCUGCAGCCAACACAGUUGGCUGUCGCUGCCUCCCAUAGCAGUGACUCAUUAGAGUUCAAUUUUUAUAGAUAAUACAGAUAUUUUGGUAAGUUGAA